AUGACAGCAUACAGUGAAAAGUGUCUGUUCUUUAUCCCUGCACCGGACCUGAAGAAUCUUUACAGUGUUUUUCUGUCAUUUUACAAUUUUUCAUCUCACGCAGACGAAGGAGAGCUGCGAAACAGACAGGUGAAGACCUGCAGAGAGGUUUUACGUUUGCAUUCAGAUGUUAUUGCAUCCCCUGUGUUGGGCCCUUAUGGUGGGAUCAGAGUUAUAAUGUCUAUAAAGUAUUUCAAGAAAGGCGUCAUCCAGGCUUAUGCACAGAGCCAUGGUUUACAGAUACAUUCUCCUGAGAGAGUUUUGCCUAACAUCCUUCAGCUGUGUCUGUCUUACUCCCUCAUUGCUCGACUGGCCCCGAACUGGAACAGAGCAGGACAGCAUUUAAUCGCAGGAAAGGACUUCCUGUCUGAUGCUAGCAAACGCAUUGCUGUCGUCUUGGAGCUGAGCGUGAAUGAGACCGAACUGUGUGUCAGCGUGGAGGCCAGCACCGUAAGACUUCCUCCUGUAACACUGAAAGACUUCGAUGUUCCAGCUCUUGUGAUUGAAAGGUUUCUGAACAACAGAGAUACAGUUCUCCACACCAAAACACCAAAUAACUGGUGCUACAUUCUCCCAAGCAUGAAGAAAGGCCAGGUCAUCAGGAUCAGUCGCACACUGCCACCAGAGUGUCCUUUCCAGUCUUACUCUGAGCUCGAGAAUCACUGGAACAGCAUGUACGGCUACUGUCUGCCUCCACUGAACACAGACGAGGUUGUAUACUGCAGUGUGUAUUUUAAACCUCUUGGAGAGAAACUUUUCACAUAUCCAUUGUGUUGUAUUCGCAUUCAACCAGUCCAGUGUUUCCCUCGGGUGAACCUGCAGGGGGCGCUCACAGCUUUUAUAUCAGAUGCCAGAAGCCUAAUGGAGAAUGUUUGUGGCUUUACAGCCCAAAUGACCAGCAAACCCUGCUACUAUACUACCAACCUGAGCAGACCAGGUUUACAGGACUCUGGGGCCUUACCUGCUACCCUGACAUCCAAGAGCUCCAGCAGACUCGUGCUGACCCAGCUCCCUAAUGUGUUCCCUCCAGAGACGGUGCCUCUUCAACAGUUAGAAUCUUUUCAAUGGCCUCUAAGUCAGCCUGUAGGUCAUAGCAACAUUAGACAUCCAGCUACAGCCAAUGGGCACGGGAUUCCUCAAAUCCCCAACCCUGUUUUGCAGUCCUCUCAUUACCAUGGCGCUGAGACAUGCCAGUUCCCAUCAUCCUUCACCUCCCUCUCAUCGUUCUCCUCUUCCUCAUCUGUCUCUGCUAACUGCCCUUUGCUUAGCAACACCCAACCUGCUACACAGAGACCCAAACUAGUGCCUGUCUUCACAAACAAAUCACUAAGCUGUCAUGUUAACAUCACAAAGAUCCUGGCUGAGAAAAAAAAACAACAGAAACAAGACGUAACACGGUGUGCUUCAAGAGUAGCAAUUAACACUCCCUCUUGUUCCCUUUUAUCCUCUGCAACUUCACUUCCUAGAGUCCCUCUGCCAUCUGACCGUAAAAGAGAUCGCAACGCCUGCAGUACAGCACUAACGCAGCCACUCAUUCAAACUCAACCCGCAUCCGUAACUGAGAUUAAAAUAACUGGGGGCGAAGUGUUUGUGUCUCAUCCAAAGAAAGUCAGAGUCAGACAGGAAGUGGAUGUGGUGAAAUAUGCAAGAAGCAAUCAGCUGGCAAAGAUCAACGCAGCAACUCUACAGGCCUGGCUGAAAGGUCAAGGAGUCACUGUGCGUUCAAAGGACAAGAAGGAGGACCUAAUGUCAAAGGUCAUGCAGUGUUUGAAUGAUCCGUGAGGCAGGGAGUCGCCAUCCGGACAGAGUUUAGAGUUCCUCUCUCAGGUAAUCCACACCGGAGCAGAAGUCUGGUCUAUAGAGCUUAUACCUUAUGGCACUCACACCGAGGAAAGAUUAACACGAGCUGCCCACGAGCCAUGUUGUGCUUUAGCUUUAGCACAGAGUUACGUUC